AGGCAGAAGUGGCAUCUUUGAAUCGCCGUAUCCAGCUGGUAGAGGAGGAGCUAGACCGAGCCCAGGAACGCCUUGCCACAGCUCUGCAGAAGCUGGAAGAGGCAGAGAAGGCUGCAGAUGAAAGUGAAAGAGGCAUGAAAGUCAUUGAAAACAGAGCUCUGAAGGAUGAGGAGAAGAUGGAACUGCAGGAGAUCCAGCUCAAGGAAGCCAAGCACAUUGCAGAGGAGGCGGACAGGAAGUAUGAGGAGGUUGCUCGGAAACUGGUGAUCAUAGAAGGAGAUCUGGAGCGUACUGAAGAGAGAGCUGAGCUUGCAGAGUCUAAAUGUUCCGAGCUGGAAGAAGAGCUGAAGAAUGUCACCAACAAUCUCAAGUCUCUUGAGGCUCAGGCUGAGAAGUACUCUCAAAAAGAGGAUAAAUACGAAGAAGAGAUCAAGAUCCUGACUGAUAAACUCAAAGAGGCAGAGACCCGUGCUGAAUUUGCUGAACGGUCUGUAGCCAAGCUGGAGAAGACCAUUGAUGAUUUGGAAGAUGAGCUCUAUGCCCAGAAACUGAAGUACAAAGCAAUUAGUGAGGAACUGGACCACGCCCUGAAUGACAUGACUUCCAUUGCCCGAAGAGCCCUUCAUGAACAGAGUUUUGAUGAAAUGGGACACCUCCCGUGGUUUCCUCAGCCUGUCUGUCCAGUGUCCCAGCGUGUGGAUCUCUUCAGUGAUAAGGGUGGGCUCACCUUUGGAGUAAAGCCUACCUAGAGUGCUAGUUGCUGAUCUGAGCUCUCCUCCUGGCUUAAGGAACAUAUAAACUGAAAUCCACCAAAGAGGAGCAUCUCUGCACGCAAAGAAUGCUGGACCAGACCCUGCUAGACCUGAAUGAGAUGUAAUGGAUCCCUGCCACUGCCUCUGCCACACGAUACCUGGAGGGGCCAGCCCAGCCACUGCUGGCCUCUAACCCUUGGGGACCAGAGUUUACUUUCUGUUGCCAACUUGACCAAACACAAAUCUUCUCCUUCGCCUCAGGGUUAAAGGCCAUCAGGUUGGGCAGAGCUUCAAACAGCAUUAUUAAGGGAAAUAAACAAUGCAAUAAUGU